AUGAAUAAUGAAGGAAAGUUUCAAUUGGUAUUUUCAGAUCAGUUUGAUACUGAAAAUUUCCAUAUAAUAAUAGAAUCAUUGAGUAAUGUAAGAUGUAUAGAUUCAAAUAUAGCUCAGUCAACUGAGAAACUAUGCAAUGCAUUGUCAGAAUUAGAGUUGUUGCUUUCAAGUCUUCCGUCACUGGAAUCUACGAAGGAUGAAAUGCAAUUAUAUGACUAUGUUAAUUGGUUGCUAAAUGAUAGAAUUUGUAUGAACGAAUUCAUGAAUGAUUCAACUAGAUUAGAUGAAAUAUUGUCGAAUAUUUUAGGGUUUAUAAAUACCGAUGAAGAAACUGAAGAAUCAGAGUUACUAGAUUAUAGACAAACUAUAAAUCAUUUAGAAAAAUGCAAUAAAUCAUAUCAUACUUUAAAACCUUGGAUACAAUCUACUAAGUUAAUAUUUGAUGCAAGUUUGGAAUUCUAUGAGAUAUCAACAGAGACCAUUGAUACUUUAAGUUCACUAAUUGAAAUAAAUAUACAAAAAUGUCUUUCCAUACAGGAUGACAGGUUUUCAUCGCCAAUACGGCAUGCUCCUUCUUUUACCUUGUCGCAAUUGAUUACUUUAUUAGAAAGCAACUCAGAUUCUACAGAACCAAAGGUACCGACAUUGACACCUACUGAGGAAAUAAUAUUCGAUAGAUAUAUGGAGUUGAAGAGAAGUCUGAACCCGAUAGACAUGAGUUUGACAGAGAUAUUACCUCAAAGAAUAGAAGUUUUCGAAUCUAGAGAUAUAGAAAAUAUUGGAAUUUUACAUUCGAUACUUCAACAAAAAUACAAAGACGUUAUGAACAAGUAUAGAUUUAUGAUGAAUGAAGUACGAUCUCUUAAGGAAGACCUUAUUGACAAAAGAUGGAACGUACUAUUCAUAAGUUUGAAUCAAGAAUUAUCCUUUUUACUGGAAGAAGUUGAAGAAUUACAGCAAAAAAUAUCUGAAACCAACUUCUCUAACGAUACAAGAGAAAAGUUGAUGCUGCAACUAGAAAACAAGUCUAUUGUAGUGAACAAAACAUUCAAUGUAAUUUACAAAGCAUUGGAGUUUUCCCUUUUAAACGCUGGUGUUGCAGUCAAGACUAAUAGAUUAGCAAGGAAAUGGCUUGAAAUAAAGCCACUAAAUGACGAAAUAUUAAACAAACCUAUUCAAUUAAGCGAAGAAGAUGUUGAAAAGUUGACAAACAAAUUAGAAAAAUUGAAAAUGGAAGACAAAGCAGAGCAGACUUCUAAUACAAAUGAUAUCAUAACACCCCCAAAGAAGAAAGUUGGCGCUAUACUAUUGAAAAAAAUGAAUAUCAAACCAGUUAUUAUAACAGGAACACCUCCACCAUCUGCAGAAAAACCAAAUCCAUUUUUUGACAAUACAAACUAUAUACCUACGGAAGGAUCGAAAGAUUCAGAUAAAAUAAUAUUGGGAGGAAUUCCAUCUUUAUCAUAUUCUUCAAUGAAAGAAAACAGUUUACAGUUUGAAGAUACAAAUGACGAGGAAAUAGAUAGAAUCAUUACGAAGGAGAGAUUACGAGACCUCGAAAUAAAGAAAAUAGAAUACUUUUCAACACAAGCAUCAAAAAUUCCAAUCUAUAAAUCUAAAAAAUAUAUACCAAUGGUGUCAUCACCAAAAACACCAUCCAACAACAAUAUGAACUCUACAUGGACACCAUAUUUGAAAUAUGGAAAUAGUCUCAAAACCCCAACUCCCAUAUCGACUUUAUUCCCUCCCAAAUAA